AAUAUCAUGGUGUGAACCAAACGUUGGCUCAACGUCCAGUGUUCAGAAGAAUGAUGUGUACGAUGAAGAAAGACAUGUACCCAAAAGGUUGGAGGUACAAGUUCAAAAGCAGGAACGUUAAGAGACUUAUGCUUAGGAGAUUGGUGCACUUCAAGCCAUUUUCAGAUUCUGAAUUUCUUGUGGAUGUAACCUGUAAGAAGAAGCAAUGGAGGUCGCCUAAGGAUUCUAUACAUCGUAGAAGGAGGUUGGUUCUACAUAACAUUACUGGAGAGUUAACAGAUGGUACAGCUUUUGAUGUUAUGUUGGACCGUAUUGAAGAGGGGUGCAGUGCUCUGACCGGUUUUAGCAUGAGUUUUGCGAAGCUGUUGUUCAGUGUGUAUCUGAGUUUUCGGGAAGUUGAUCGACUUGAUGGGGAGUUCCACUUGAAGCAUAAAUGGAGGUUUAAGCAGUUAAAUCAAGCUUCUAUUUUGAAGUUGCCGUUGGAACAAGCUGUAUGCGGAAGAACAGAGUUUCUGUAUGGGCAGAAGUUCAUAGCAUUUGGUACUGGCUUGAAUAGGAUUCGGGGUCAGAUAUGGAAUCAGUUUGGUACAGUUCCUAGUUCGUGGGGAUCUUUGGAGUAUCAGUUGAGAUGGAGACUACAUCAAGGCUUGAGAAGAUACAUGAGGCAUGACCACUCUUCUAUAUGGCAUCGAUGGAGAUACAAGACCUUGGAGUGUGCAACAGUUUCCCAGACGUGUGAAGCAGAUUCAUUGACACUUGGAGUCAAUGACGUUCGUUGGCAGUGGUGGAGUUUGGAGUUGCAGCAACAUGGGUAUUGUCGUGAGAGUAAUUCCAUCAUUAUGCUAAGCUCAAGCUUGAGGUCAAGGUUGAUUUCAAGGGAGGGAGUAUAUAAGAGCAUACUUAUCUGCUUAUGCAUACUGGCUGUGUUGAUUUGGAGAUUUGAUAGAGAAGAAAAGAAGUAAUCUGAGCUGAGGAUACAAGAGCUGUUCUAUACCAGAGUUUCAUACAUGUUAUUAUUGCAUCACGAGAGUGAUCUGCUAAGAGCUCGUGUACAGCAAAGUCAUAAGUAGAAAAGGCCUUUGAAGACAUAUAUGUUUAAGUAUAGACAGCUGCUCAGUAAAGUAGGUGCUUGGCCAGAAAUACAGCAGCAUAAUGUACAAAGAGCUUACAGAUAUGUUAUAAUACGAGAAGAGGGCACUGUACAAAGUUGUGACAAUGGAAGAUUGUGGAGUGGCUGGUAUGUUCACAGUGGCAAGGUGAUGCAACAAAGGAGGAUAAGUAAAAUGGCCAAGUCUUGGAUGUUCAAGUAUAAAGAUAAGCACCAGCAGUUUCUUUCUUCUUCCAAGCUUGUGGGCAAGCUUGUUUUAUGAGGCAAGUAUUGAUAGAUAUCAAUCUAUCUUUACAUGGCCUUGGCAAGCAAGGCCGAUGACGUGGCUAAAUGAAGGAUGGUUGAGAAGACUCUGGUUGAGUGAGAAGCUUUGCUGUUACGGUGGAUUGAAGCAGCUCGUGAGACAGAUGAAGAGUAUAAGAAUGACGAACAGAGGAAGAGGAAGAUGAUGCUUUGAUGUUGCUGUAGAUUGACGCCAUGAGUCAUCUUAACCCGAUCGCCAUGAGAUCGGUAACGAAGGGGUUUGUAAACUCUAUCACAGACACAUUCCAAACCAGUGUGAUUAUCAAAUCCCUGUCAACACCAGUCACUGCCCUCAAACCAGAGAAGAUACUUGGUAGUCUAGUAAGUGAUAAAUAUGAACUUGUUGAUUAUUGGAAUGAUAUCUUUACCAGUCAUACUUUCAAGUAUUCAGUUUUCAAUAAUUCAAGUUCAAAUAUAAUACACUUGCUCUUUCCCUUAAGUGUCAAGAGAGAAACAGGAACCAUUGGAGUACUCAAAGACUGGAGAGAAUAUCUACCAGAUCUAAAACCAGAGAAAAACAGAGGAGUAAUACUAUCUUACCUACUCAAAGGAGAACCCCCAGAUUCCCCACACAUCACUACACCUAAAACUUAUCAAGGUAAGACUCUAAACUCCCAAAGAAGGAUGAAAGCUAACUUGCUUCCUCUUGGUGCAGAUUAUAUAGUUUCGAGGUCAAAACCUUUUCAAGAGGGCGAGUAUGAUGAGGACAUCAAGUCAUCAUCAGAAAAGAAGAAAGGAACCAGGAGCAAAUCAUUGGAGAACAUGAAUUUGAGAAGAGCUAAAGAAGCCAACCAGGACAUAUGUGCAAUCAAUACACCAUAUCUUACAAACCAGGAGAAAUUUAUUCAUGAAACCAGUUUUGUUGUAUUCUACACUUAACAAGAGCACGCGGCGAAUUGGUUUCACAUUAAAAGGGUUAAUGGUUUAGAAGA